AAGAAGUAUACUUUUGUAUACUGUUUAUAUGUAAGCAACUUGUUUUAUUUAUUGAAAAUAAAUUAACUCUAAUGGAUGAAAUACUGCUUCCAACAACAACUGUCUCAACUACGACAACAACAAAUUCAAGUUCGCAAAAGCAAACCGAACACGAUGAAGUCGAUUUAAAGUUAUUUGACAAAGCAAAGAUUAGCAGCGAUAUGGAAAAUCGCACGCGCGAUGUCGAUGGUGAUGGCAAUGUUAAUAGCGAUCACUCCGGUGAUGAAGGUGCUAACAAGGUACGUUUUCAAGAUGAGCUUGGAAUGGAUAUGAAGGAGCCAAAAUUGGAAGGUGCAGAAUUAAACGAUGAUACGCCAUCCAAAAAGCAGAAAACCAAAAAGGAGUUGGAAGAAGAGGAGCGCGAAAAAAUGCAAGUGCUCGUUUCCAAUUUCACCGAAGAGCAGCUCGAUCGCUAUGAAAUGUAUCGCCGUUCGGCAUUUCCCAAAGCGGCAGUGAAGCGCCUCAUGCAAACCAUAACUGGCUGCUCCGUAUCGCAAAAUGUCGUAAUCGCUAUGUCGGGUAUAGCGAAGGUAUUUGUUGGUGAAAUUGUGGAGGAGGCUUUAGAUGUUAUGGAGUCGGGAGGUGAAAUCGGCGCUUUGCAGCCCAAAUAUUUACGUGAAGCGGUGCGCCGCUUACGACAACGUGGCCGUAUGCCUAUAGGGAAAUUUCAAAAACCAUACUUUCGUUUAAAUUAAAGGCUGUCUUCCACACAAGUACGAUAAACAUUAAAGUUAAUUUAGCAGUUUUUAAAAACUUAGUAAUAAGUCUAGGCAUGAAGAUGUAUUGUAUGUUUAAAUGUAAAUUAUAAAUAUAAGCGAAGCAAAAUGUAUUAAAGCAAAGUCAGUAAAAUGUUGACGUAUAUGCAUUUGUAAAGUAAACA